UCACUCUAAAAAACAAAUUAAAAGUUAUGAUGUGUCUUUUGUCCUUUGGGUGGCAAACAAAGCUGAAAGCAAGCAUGUUGAUGAUCACAAAGUGCAGACAAAAGAAAGGAUAAACCAUAGUUAUCUUCAUUGUAAUUUGUGGUCACCAGAGCUCCAAGAAGCCCAAAAAAUUUAAUCAUUCCUUGCAGAAUUCCCAUUUCCCAUCAUUAUUUGUCUGUUCUUUCCUGGAGUGACAUGAAAACAGAACUGGUUCCAUAUUAUGCUGAGCAUUUGACCUCAGGAUCUUCCCAAUCUUUCUGUCUGCAUUUCUGCUGUGUUCUUUGGAUUGAUCGCGUUCGAGAUCGCGCUGAGCUUAGGAAAACAAGGCUCCUAGACUAGGUGGCUGUGCUCUGGAGUUUCCAACAAACUAGGAUUAUAGCUUAAACCUCAACACUGUCUUCUGCAUUAUUUCUGCAACUUCUGCAGACAAUGCCUUCACCAAGUCCCACUGAUUCUCCAGGAACUGACAAUAAUCCUCCCUGGGAUUCAUCAAUCAUUGCCUUAGUGGGAAUUGUGGGCAUGAUCUUUCUUCUGCUGAGCUACUACAAGCUUCUGCAGAGACCAUUCUGCCAAUUCAGAUCAGCAGUCUCGUCGGGCCAAAUGCAUCUGUUGGAUGAGCAGAACCGCGAGGAGCCUUCUUCUGUUGUGAUGAGCUGUGGGCUCGACUCCUACGUCGUGCACGCCCUCCCGAUCACCCCGUUCCGAAAGGGGAAUCCGGAGAGCUCCCCGAGCAGCUCGGAUUGCGCGGUUUGUCUGGGGGAAUUCGAGGACGGUGAGUGGAUAAAACACCUGCCCAACUGCUCACAUGUGUUCCAUGUUCCCUGCAUUGACACUUGGUUUCAGACUCAUUCAAGCUGCCCACUUUGCAGAUCAUUUGUGUACUGCAUUAAAGUGCAGCCUGAGUUUAGUUUCCCAUUUCUGGAGCCUCUUCCCAGAGAAGAAAUUCAUAACCAGAGAUCAACACACUACCAGAAUCUCCAGUCCCAAACACUGCAUAGUUCUUCACUAUGAUCUGAUUCUCUGAUAGCCUCUCUGUUGGGCGGAAACCUGAAGGGUCAAGUCUAGCACAUUGUCUUUCGAAAUGUGGCUCUUAGUGCUAUGCAAGUACAAGAAAAUAAAAUUGCAUUUUUGCUACUAGCUAUAGUUUUGACAUGGUGAGAGCUCAGAUCAAACUGUGUCGCGCUACAUUUGGUCCAACAAUAGGUUUCAACUUUCAUUAGGACUGUGGGUUCUUGGAUCUGAAAUCAUGAGAAGGAACAUCAAGAAACUAGAGUGCAGAUUGCAAGAAACUAGAAAUGUCAGUCAGAAAGAAAUCAAACUAGAAUGGAUUUUUUUUAAAAGCUAAAACAAGCCAAAUUUCCCCACUUAUUCACAAUUGUUUGUAUAUAUACAUGGAUUCUGAAAAGCUACCAAGAAUUUAUAUGUCAUUUGUUUAUUUAAA